AAAUGUCCUUAGAAAUCUGUUUCAACAGAUUGUACUAUACUAAAUUGCUUUUAAAAUUGGUCUUGGCAUGCAUCUCUGAUUAAAUGCAUGCACACAUACAUGCACUCAUUCGCAUGCAUAGAUGCACGCAGAUUCAUAUGCUUGUUCUCUGGACGCUGAUGUUUGUUUGCGAUGAAAGGAUUAUUUGCUUCUGCAGGCUGGAUGAAAUGUGACGCAUCAUAAUCCCGGUGACAGCUGCGGAAAGAUGAGCCACAGACAGACAGAAAGAGAGCGAGAGAGAGAGAGACAGGCAGUGAACAUGAUUGGAGGGACUGCGCUGUGACUCAACCAGACGCAUAAAAAACAAGACGGGAAUGGAGACUGGAAACUUCCUCGCUGCGUCAAAGUUCCUCUUUUAAACGGGUAAACGGCCUGUUUUCGUCUCGAGUGCUUCAGUAAUGUGUUGUACCGCCAUCCCCGAAGUGUCGUCCUUCCUCUCAGGCGAGGUUACGGCAGGUUAACCGCCACCUGAGGCUUAGAGAGACUGAAGGGCCCGCGGCCCUCGCAGACCUUUGGGGAAAACGGCACCCGUGGAUCCUGUCAAUCACAGCCACUUCCUGAUGUUGAUCUCUGGCAGACUAGAGGAGAUGUCUGACCCUCCAAACUGAGCUUAAGAACCAUAGACCUUUGUGUUUGAGUGUAUUUAUGUGUAUGAAAGACAAACAGAGGGACGCAGCGUGUGUGUUUCUAAGUUGCUCGUGGCAAUGGGGAGUUCUGCUUCGUCUCUGACCACGGACAGAGAAUCAGAUCACGGGUUCGGUACGGCUCCGUUCCCGCCGGCCGCUCCGAUGGGCUGGCUCAGGACCAGCCACAGCAGUCCGGUGUGGGGAACCACUUUCAUCACACGCCAACAGCAGCCUAUCCCACAUAGAGAACGCAGUCACUCUCAUUCUCCUGGUUCGAUGGCAGCAGUUGUGAGGAAUUCUGAUUGGUCAUGCGGGCGCUGCACGUUUCUUAACUCCAGUGGCUCCUUACGCUGCUCUAUUUGUGAAGCUCCUCGGCAGAAGCCGGAUUUGAACCAUAUUUUGCGCCUCAGCAGUGCUGAGGAACCUCGCUGGUCCUGCCCACGCUGCACGCUGACUAAUCACCAUGGAUUAGGCUCGUGUUCUGUGUGCGGAGCAGCUCCAGUUACGCCCAACGGACCCCUCCCACACAAGCAGCCCCCGCCCACUCCAGUAGAGCCCGCCUCCAGCCCUGAAGCCAAAGGUCAGGUAGCCAAUGGGGAGUCCCGGUGCACGGAACCCAACGGGGAGGUGUCUGUGGGUGGGGAGGGGUCAUCAGAGUGGGCGUGUCCUCGCUGUACUUUAGUGAAUACUCCGGUGGCGUUAUCGUGUUCUGCAUGUGGUGGUCCGAGAAAACUCUCCUUACCGAAAAUCCCUCCUGAAGCGCUAGUGGUCCCGGAAGUGCGCACACCCGUGGCGGGGUUUCCCACGCAAACGGCGGGAGCAUCUGCGCCGCUUCUCAUCGAUCUGACUGAAGAUUCUCCACCCCAAGCACCUUCUGAAACCCCUUCUCCACCCCCCGUCCCGUUUCUGCCCCCUUCCCUGUCCUCGCUUCAGAAUAACCCCGUGCCUCGCAGCCGAAGGGGAGUCCCGCCCCCUGGCCGGCCCCCGAACCCUGCCCCCUCGCCAACCUCGCCCUCAACCUGCCCGCCUACCAAACCCAAGCCCCUCCCACCAUCAGACAACUACUCACUCAAGCGCCUGAGCGUGCUGGAGGAGGAGCCUAACAACCCCGCCCCUCCAGUCACAUCUCCGCCCUCUUGGAAGUGUCCCGGAUGCUCCGCCCCCACAGCUCCUCCCUCGUCAUCCGCCGGCCGCUGCGACGCAUGUCGAGGGUCGCGGCCGGGUUCGGGCGGCGACGUCAUCGAUGUACUAGGCGAAUCGGUGCGAUUCACGCCGGCAUCACCGUCCAGUCCAGACUUCAGCUUGUGGGCGUGUUCCAAAUGUACGUUACGCAACCCGACGGGUGCAGGCCACUGCACGGCCUGCGGAUCGUCCAAAUUGCACGGUUUCUCCGAGCCGUCCAACUGCUCGUCGUGUUCUCGGAAACAACAGCACUCGCGUGCCUUUACUUCCGCCUCCUCUUCCUCCAUCUCAUCCCCGUCUGCGCAGGACAAGAGCGCCUGUCAGUGGACGUGUCCUGCCUGCACGCUCUUGAACGAAGUACGGAUGAAGCAUUGCGCGGCGUGUCACACCCCGCAGCAGUACCUCAAUCAAAGGAAAAUAGGGAAACCGCUCAAACGGCGGGAGAGCAUGCAUGUGGAGGCGCGCAGACGCACAGAUGAAGGAGAGGCCAAGGAAUUGUGGGAAAAUAUUGUCAGCUUCUGUAGAGAGAACGCGGUGAACUUCGUGGAUGACAGUUUCCCCCCCGGUCCACGUUCGGUCGGGUUCCCCGAGAACGACAGCGUCCAGCAGCGAAUCAAAAAGUGGCUCCGCCCUCACGAGAUUAACUGCAAUAACUUUAAGGAUCGUGGCGUGAAGUGGUCCGUGUUCAGGACGCCCCGCCCCUCUGACAUACUGCAAGGCCUUCUGGGAAAUUGCUGGUUUUUAAGCGCUCUCGCAGUCCUAGCAGAGCGGCCCGAGUUGGUGGAGCGUGUAAUGAUCACCAGAACCAUAUGCCAGGAGGGAGCGUAUCAGGUGCGGCUCUGUAAGGACGGGACGUGGACGACGGUUCUGGUGGACGACAUGCUGCCCUGCGACGAAUACGGAUUUCUGCUCUUCUCACAGGCUCAGCGGAGGCAGCUGUGGGUUGCGCUGAUAGAAAAGGCUCUUGCGAAGCUGCACGGGUCGUAUUUUGCGCUGCAGGCCGGUCGUGCCAUCGAGGGUUUGGCGACGCUCACUGGCGCCCCCUGUGAAAGUCUGAUGCUGCAGGUCAGCUCAACCAACCCACGGGAAGAGCCCAUCGACACGGACCUCAUAUGGGCCAAAAUGCUCAGCUCCAAAGAGGCCGGCUUUCUGAUGGGGGCGUCCUGUGGUGGCGGGAACAUGAAGGUGGAUGAUGCUGUAUAUGAAUCUCUGGGGCUCCGCCCACGACAUGCCUACUCCAUACUGGACGUCAGGGAUGUUCAGGGCUACAGGCUGCUGCGUUUGAGGAACCCCUGGGGCCGGUUCUCCUGGAACGGCUCGUGGUCAGACGAGUGGGCCGACUGGCCGCAGCACCUGCGUCACGAGCUCAUGGCUCACGGCAGCAGUGAAGGCGUCUUCUGGAUAGAAUACGGAGACUUCAUUAAGUAUUUUGAUUCGGUGGAUAUCUGCAAGAUUCAUCCUGAUUGGCAGGAAGUUCGUCUGCAGGGCUGCUUGCCCUGCCGGGCGAGUAAACCGGUGACUGUAACCGCCCUCACGGUCCUGGAGAGAACCACGCUGGAGUUCGCCCUCUUCCAGGAGGGCAGCAGGCGUUCAGACACGGCCGACAGUCACCUGUUGGAUCUGUGCAUCAUGGUCUUCCGGGCCUCGUUCGGUAACGGGAAUAGGCUGGUCCUGGGACGUCUGCUGGCACACAGCAAGCGCGCGGUGAAGAAGUUUGUAGGAUGUGAUGUGAUGCUGGAGCCGGGAGAGUACGCGAUGGUCUGCUGUGCCUUCAACCACUGGCAGAUGGACCUGACGGGCGCUUCAACACCAGUCUCCAGCCCCACCAACGCUCGCAGACCCAGUCAGGAUUUCCCAGGGUACAUCUUGGCCAUCUACAGCUCCAGACAGGUGAUGGUGGAGCAGGUGGAGGCCACAUCCACCACACUCGCUGACGCCAUCAUCCUGCUGACGGAGAACAAGGGAGAGAGACAUGAGGGUCGGGAAGGAAUGACAUGUUACUACCUGACUCACGGGUGGGCGGGGCUCAUCGUCGUCGUGGAGAACCGUCACCCGAAGUACUACCUCCAUGUGUCAUGUGACUGUACCGACAGCUUCAAUGUGGUGUCGACCCGCGGCAGCCUGAAGACCAUCGACAGCGUGCCGCCGCUGCACAGGCAGGUGCUGGUGGUCCUGUCCCAGCUGGAGGGGAACGCCGGAUUCUCCAUCACACACAGACUGGCCCAUAGGAAAGCAGCGCAGGCGUCUCUGGGCGACUGGACGUCUAGUAAAGCCACACACUCGCCCCAGCUCACGCCAGACACUGACGGACUGCACAGGCCGCGGCCGCUUUGACACAUGCUUACACACACACACACACACACACACACACACACACACUUUCUGUCUUUCUUUUGUAAAGUGUACAGCGCUGUUCCCCUCUGCACAAUCCCAUCAGAAGUACUCGCUGUAAUUAUACAGAUCUCUGUCGGCCAGGAGUAUAAUAUGUAGAAUAUUUUAUUGAUUCUUUGACAAAACAAAAAGUAUAAAAGUUUAAAAUCUGUACGGUUCAUUUGCAAUCUCAGGUUCUGUCGGACCAAAUGACAAAUAAAGAUUUUUUUCUUUCUUUUUUAA